CGCUGGCCGAAGAGCCCUGUACACACGAAUAGGGCAAAGUGAGGGCGGAAGUGACUUCGGCAAGCGUCUUCGAGUGUAUUUCGCACAUGCUCAGUGCAGACGAAGCUGCAUGAGUCUUGGUUGACAGGCCAUUUAUGUGCUUUGCCACAAUGCUGAAGCUGCGGCUUUUGACAUGGGACGUGAAAGAUACUCUACUUCGACUCCGGAUUCCCGUGGGCAAGAGUUACGCUGCUGAGGCCCAGGCUCAUGGCCUCCAGGUGGAAGCUGAAGCACUCAACCGAGCCUUCCGUUGGGCCUACAAUGCUCAGACCAAGCACUUUCCCAACUAUGGCCUAGACAGAGGCCUUAGCUCAAAACAAUGGUGGCUGGACGUAGUCAUGGAGACCUUCCGGCUCUCAGGAGUCCAUGAGGACAAAGUCCUCCUGCCCAUUGCGGAAAAACUCUACUGUGAUUACUGCAGCAAGCACAACUGGGAGGUGCUACCUGGUGCCAUUGAGACCCUUCAGCAGUGCCAACAGUUGGGCAUCCGCAUGGCUGUCAUCUCCAACUUUGACCGGAGGCUGUCAGAGAUUCUAGCUCAGUGUGACCUCCAGCAGCACUUUGAGUUUGUCUUGAGCUCAGAGAACACAGGCUUUGCUAAGCCAGACAAGAGGAUAUUUCUGGAAGCCCUGCAGAUCUCGAGGGUACCCCCUCCCUUGGCUGCCCAUGUUGGGGACAGCUAUAUGAAUGAUUACAGGGCACCAAGGGAGGUGGGAAUGCAUAGUUUCCUGGUUAAGACAGCCGGGAAACCUGCCAGCUGGGAGACAGAAGUGCCUCAAGAGCACAUCUUGCCCUCACUUACAUACCUGCCCUCUCUUAUAGAGAAAGGCUAAGUGAGGGAAUUCAAUAUUUUGCAAAAUUACUGUUGUCGUCCUUCUUGGAUUGGAUCACUGACAUUGCUAUCCAAAGCAGAAUUGCACCCAAGUGCAUUGAAGUCAAAGGGCUUAGAGAGGCCUGUUACUGUUAGAAUAGCAUGGGGCUGCUUUUAUUUUUUUUUAUUUUUCUGCUUCCCUACAUUAAAAAAAUGUAGACAGCUAGGACAUCAGGCAGAGACUGUUACCUUGCCCUCAUGAUGAUGUUUCCUUCCCACACACAAGCAGCUUGUUUAUAUGGAAAAUCCUUCACAAAAUGUCCUGUCCCACUUACAAAUCAGAAUUGGCACAGUGCAGGGAGAAUUCUCCCACAAGAUUUUACUGAUUGUCUAAAUCCACCAUGUUAUUCUUGCUAAGGAGAGAAGGAAGAAUGGAAAGGGGGCCUCAUGUCUAACAGCCUGGUGAAAUAUCAUAUAGACAAACUAACUCAUGGAAGUGUGACCUCCUUUGGAUAUUUCAUGUUUCUGGUCCCAGUAAAAGUAGCAGAGGGGGGGAAAUCCAUUGUUUCUGAGAUUGACCUUCCUUCCCCUGAUACUUAAAAGUACAUUUUAUUUAAUUCACAAUAAACUUCAGUCCUGACUGGGAUUAGUCUCUCA